AUGGCUCCCAAUGCCACGACAAAAAAGCGGACUGCUGUCAAAGAUGACGACUUCGUGCUCACACUAUCGGACGACGAGAACGAUGUCCUUGAGGACGGUGUUGAGGAAGGCGGUGACAACGCCGAGGAAGACAGUAUUUCCAGCUCGAAGAAACGCAAACGAGAGGCGGCGGAGACACCAAAAGGCAAGAACAAGAAGCAGAAGCAAUUGAAGCAAAGCAAGAAGGGCAAAAGCGCUGCUGGAGCAGUCUCUGACGAACAAUCCGGCGAAGAGGAUGAGGCUGACGCUAUGGAUGCUGGUGAGGAUGAUGGAGCGUUGGACUCGGAGUUCGAGUUCGACGUUGGCGGCAAUGCUAAUACCGGCGUGAUCGAGGGAUUUGAUGGGUGGGAAGCGCGGAAUGGACAUGGACCAGCGGAUGCGGCGAAGAAUGGGGAUAAGAAGGCCGUGGAUAUUGAUGAUAUCAUUUCCAGGAGGAAAGCGAAGAAAGAGGCCGAGCUGAAAAAGAAGCAGCAGAAGGAGAAAAAGAGGAGGGAGGAGGAAGGAGAGGAGAGCGAAGAUGAAGAUGCCGACUCUGAUGGUGGUAUGUCUGUGGACUUUCAGGACGAUGAAUUGCUUGCUGCAGACGGGUUUGGUAUGGGUGCCGAUGGUGCGGAUGAGAGCGGCGACGAUGUGGAGAACGACUCCAAUGACGGCGACGAUGCGGAUGAACAGGGCAGCGAGGACGAGGAGGAUGAUGAUGAUGAUGAUGAUGAUGCUGCUUCCGAUAACGACUCAGUUGCGACUCCAGUACACCAUCCGGAUGACGAAGCAGCUUCUGACGAGGAAUCUGAAGCGGAGAGCGAGGUUGACGCUGAGGAAGCAGAGAAGCGCAAGGCUUUCUUUGCUCCUGAAGAAAAAUCUACAACCUCGUCGACUUCCAAUCGAUCAUUCCAGGACUUCAAUCUGUCUAGACCCAUCCUCCGUGGUCUCGCAUCUGUCAAUUUCACCACGCCGACUCCCAUCCAGCAAAAGACGAUCCCCGUGGCUCUCCUUGGCAAAGACAUCGUGGGUAGUGCCGUUACUGGCUCCGGAAAGACUGCUGCGUUUGUUGUUCCCAUUCUCGAGCGUCUGCUGUUCCGCCCUCGAAAAGUCCCCACCAGUCGUGUUGCCAUCCUUAUGCCCACUCGUGAACUGGCGGUUCAGUGUUACAAUGUGGCUACAAAACUGGCUACUCAUACUGAUGUUACCUUUUGUCAACUUGUCGGUGGUUUCAGUCUUCGCGAGCAGGAGAAUAUCUUGAAAAAGCGGCCCGAUGUAAUCAUUGCUACUCCUGGUCGUUUUAUCGACCACAUGCGGAAUUCCCCCAGCUUCACUGUGGACACUCUGGAGAUUUUGGUUCUUGAUGAAGCCGAUCGAAUGUUGGAAGAUGGUUUCGCUGACGAACUGAACGAAAUCUUGACAACCAUUCCCAAGUCGCGGCAAACAAUGCUCUUUUCGGCUACAAUGACCGAUUCCGUCGACAAGCUCAUUCGGGUUGGCCUCAACCGUCCAGUUCGCUUGAUGGUCGACUCGAAGAAGAAUACCUCCAUGAACCUGACCCAGGAGUUCGUGCGGUUACGGCCAGGUAGAGAGGACAAGCGUUUGGGGUAUCUCCUUUACCUGUGCAACGAAGUCUACACUGGACGGGUUAUCGUCUUCUUCCGCCAGAAGCGCGAGGCCCAUCGGGUUCGCAUUGUCUUUUCGCUAUUGGGACUCAAAGCGGCAGAGCUUCAUGGUAGCAUGAGCCAAGAACAGCGUAUCAAAAGUGUCGAGAACUUCCGAGAAGGCAAAGUAGCCUUCCUUCUGGCUACUGAUUUGGCGUCCCGUGGUCUGGAUAUCAAGGGUGUCGAAACGGUCAUCAACUACGAAGCGCCUCAGAGCCACGAGAUUUACCUGCAUCGUGUUGGUCGAACAGCGCGUGCGGGCCGUUCCGGACGCGCAUGUACCAUUGCAGCCGAGCCGGACCGCAAGAUCGUCAAGUCGGCCGUCAGGGCCGGCAAAGCGCAAGGGGCCAAGAUUGUCAGCCGCGUCGUUGACCCAUCCGUUGCGGACGAAUGGGCCGCUAAGGCCAAGGGCUUGGAAGAUGAGAUCGAGGAAGUGUUACAGGAGGAGAAGUUAGAGAAGCAAAUGGCACAGGCGGAGAUGCAAGUGACCAAGGGGGAGAAUAUGAUGAAGCACGAAGCCGAGAUCAUGUCGCGGCCGAAGCGCACAUGGUUCGAGACUGAACGGGACAAGCGUGCGGCGCGCAAAUUGGGCGCUACGGAGCUCAACGGGCCAUCGAAGAAGGAUAAAGUGAAGCUGAGCAACAAGGACAAGAAACGGCUUGACGAUGCGCGCCAGCGUCACGAGGGGAAUAUCGGUUGGAAGAAGGGCAAGGCGGACCGAGAGGCUCCCAAGCAAGGGAAGAACAAGGGGGGUAAGAACAAAAGUGACAAGAAGAGUAAGAACAAGAUGAAGGGAAAUAAAUGA